GUCCGGACUUUCUGCCUCUGAGCCUACGCCUGGUCUCUAAGUGGGGAGGCGGGACCUAAGUUGUCAGGCCGCAGCAGUGGAGGUGCGCAGUGCUCGCUGAGACUUAGGGGGGAUUCAGGCUGCGGCCUGUCAGCCAGUUAGGGAGGCGCCCACAAUCCUGACAGGAUAAGAUGGCGGCAAUGGCGCCUGGAGGUAGCGGCAGUGGUGGAGGCGGUGUGAAUCCAUUCCUCAGCGAUUCGGACGAGGACGAUGACGAGGUAUCGGUGAGAGAGGAGCGGCGGGCAGUACUUCGACUGGGUGCCGGUGGUGGCCUAGAUCCUGGCUCUGCGGGCUCUCUAUCUCCACAGGAUCCCGUGGCCUUAGGGAGCAGUGUGCGGACAGGGCUCCCUGGGGAGGCGUCGGUGGCCCUGGGGGGUACCGGAGAGACCCAGGCCCGAUUGUCAAUUGACGCGAUCGCGGCUCAGCUGUUGCGCGAUCAAUACUUGCUGACGGCGCUGGAGCUGCACACCGAGCUGUUAGAGAGCGGCCGCGAGCUGCCUCGGCUGCGCGACUACUUCUCCAAUCCAGGCAACUUCGAGAGGCAGAGUGGGACCCCGCCCGGAAUGGGGGCUCCGGGGAUUCCUGGAACAGCCGGCGUUGGAGGUCGGGAACCCAGCACAACGUCAGGCGGGGGACAGCUCAAUCGAGCUGGGAGCAUCAGUACCCUUGAUUCUUUAGACUUUGCAAGAUAUUCAGAUGAUGGUAACAGGGAAACAGAUGAGAGAGUGGCAGUCCUGGAGUUUGAACUACGGAAAGCCAAGGAGACCAUUCAGGCCCUCCGAGCCAACCUGACAAAGGCUGCAGAACAUGAAGUUCCUUUACAGGAACGAAAAAAUUACAAAUCAAGUCCUGAAAUUCAGGAGCCAAUAAAACCUCUUGAAAAGAGAGCUCUAAACUUCUUAGUCAAUGAAUUUUUAUUGAAGAAUAACUACAAGCUUACAUCAAUAACCUUUUCGGAUGAAAAUGAUGAUCAGGAUUUCGAAUUAUGGGAUGAUGUAGGAUUAAACAUUCCAAAACCUCCAGACUUAUUACAACUCUACCGAGAUUUUGGAAAUCAUCAAGUGACUGGGAAAGAUCUUGUGGAUGUGGCCAGUGGAGUAGAAGAGGAUGAAUUAGAGGCUCUUACACCAAUUUUAGACACCCUUCCCCCAACCCUUGAAACUUGUCAGCCUGUAGAGAACUCCUUGCUAGUACAGAAAUUAGAAGAUAAAAUUAGUUUAUUAAAUAGUGAGAAAUGGUCAUUGAUGGAGCAAAUCAGGAGACUUGAAAGUGAAAUGGACUUCCUCAAAAAUGAACACUUUGCAAUCCCAGCAGUUUGUGACUCUGUUCAGCCUUCUCUGGAUCAGUCUUCCCAAAAAGACUCUGAAGACAGUAUACAGAGUUCAGUUCUAAAUAGCUCAGACACAGGAAAAAACAAGGAUAUCCAUCUUUCAGUGUCAGAUGAAGUUGAUUCUACUGUUCCUAAAGAGAAUUCCCCAAAUUCUUUCCCCAGAAGAAAAAUAGAAGGAAUGCCAUCUUCUUCACCAUCAAGUAAAAAUAUUGUUCAUUUUGAUAAACCCAAUAGCUCUUACCAUAUAAUGGUUUCUCGGAUUGCAGACAGUGAAAAAAGUGUUAUGUUAAUGCUGGGACGCUGCCUGCCACACAUUGUUCCUAAUGUGCUGUUGGCAAAGAGAGAGUAUUAUUUGGCUAUUCAGGGACCUUUGCAGUUCUGUACGAAUUUGAUGUUCAGCUUUCCAUUUCUGCAAAUGAUACUGACAGGUUGUGUGGCAUUUGCACGUCAUGUUGGACCAACACGUGUAGAAGCUGAACUUUUACCACAGUGUUGGGAACAGAUUAAUCACAAAUACCCAGAAAGACGACUACUUGUGGCAGAAUCCUGUGGAGCAUUGGCACCUUACCUUCCUAAAGAAAUCCGUAGUUCCUUGGUUCUUUCAAUGUUGCAACAGAUGUUAAUGGAAGAUAAGGCAGAUUUGGUAAGAGAAGCUGUAAUCAAAAGCCUCGGUAUCAUUAUGGGAUACAUUGAUGAUCCAGACAAAUAUCAACAGGGUUUUGAAUUGUUGCUGUCAGCCUUAGGUGAUCCCUCAGAAAGAGUAGUUAGUGCAACACAUCAAGUAUUUUUACCAGCUUAUGCUGCCUGGACUACAGAACUUGGAAAUUUACAGUCUCAUCUUAUACCUACACUGCUGAACAAGAUUGAAAAACUUCUCAGGGAAGGAGAACAUGGGCUGGAUGAACACAAGCUCCACAUGUAUCUUUCUGCCUUGCAGUCUUUGAUCCCAUCUCUCUUUGCAUUAGUGCUACAGAAUGCACCUUUCUCCAGCAAAGCCAAGCUUCAUGGUGAAGUGCCACAGAUAGAAGUGACUAGGUUCCCUCGGCCUAUGUCGCCUCUUCAAGAUGUGUCCACUAUUAUUGGAAGUCGUGAGCAGUUGGCAGUGCUACUACAACUUUAUGAUUACCAGCUAGAACACGAGGGUACAACAGGCUGGGAGAGUUUACUGUGGGUUGUCAAUCAAUUGUUGCCACAACUUAUAGAAAUAGUUGGCAAAAUUAAUGUUACUUCAACUGCCUGUGUCCAUGAGUUCUCCAGAUUUUUCUGGCGCCUUUGCCGGACAUUUGGCAAAAUUUUUACAAACACUAAGGUAAAACCUCAGUUCCAGGAGAUUUUAAGACUGUCUGAAGAAAACAUUGAUUCCUCAGCAGGAAAUGGGGUCCUCACUAAAGCUACAGUCCCCAUUUAUGCAACGGGAGUCCUUACAUGUUAUACUCAGGAAGAAGACCGAAAACUGUUAGUUGGAUUCUUAGAAGAUGUAAUGACCCUGCUUUCAUUAUCUCAUGCUCCUCUUGAUAGCCUGAAGGCUUCUUUUGUGGAACUGGGUGCAAAUCCAGCCUACCAUGAGUUACUGUUAACUGUUUUGUGGUAUGGUGUUGUCCAUACUUCAGCACUUGUGAGGUGUACUGCUGCUAGAAUGUUUGAGCUGACUCUUCGAGGCAUGAGUGAAGCGUUAGUUGACAAGCGGGUUGCUCCGGCCCUUGUUACCUUGUCCAGUGAUCCUGAAUUCUCUGUCAGGAUUGCCACAAUUCCUGCCUUUGGCACUAUUAUGGAAACAGUCAUUCAAAGAGAGUUGCUGGAAAGAGUGAAAAUGCAGUUGGCUUCUUUUCUGGAAGAUCCUCAGUAUCAAGACCAGCAUUCUUUGCACACAGAGAUCAUAAAAACAUUUGGGAGAGUUGGUCCUAACGCAGAACCCAGGUUCCGAGAUGAGUUUGUUAUACCACAUCUACAUAAGCUAGCCUUGGUGAACAACUUACAAAUUGUGGAUUCUAAAAGACUGGAUAUUGCUACUCAUCUUUUUGAAGCCUAUAGUGCACUUUCCUGUUGUUUCAUUUCAGAGGAUUUAAUGGUAAAUCAUUUUUUACCUGGUCUCAGAUGUUUACGGACUGACAUGGAACAUCUCUCUCCAGAGCAUGAGGUUAUUUUAAGUUCCAUGAUAAAAGAAUGCGAACAAAAAGUAGAAAACAAGACCGUCCAAGAGCCUCAAGGCUCAAUGUCAAUUGCUGCAAGCUUAGUGAGUGAAGAUACAAAGACCAAGUUUUUGAACAAAAUGGGCCAGUUGACUACAUCAGGUGCCAUGUUGGCCAAUGUGUUUCAGAGAAAGAAGUAGAAGCAGGAAAGAAGCCCCCAGUAAACACUGAGAUGGACCUCAAGCAGACUUGUUCCUUGUACUUGAAGUACUUGCCUUUUUUACUUCCUCAGUUUAAUGUUCUUGCAUUAUAAUUUUAUCUUCCAAAGAUACUUGCACUGCUUUUGAUUAUUGCUGUAUGUCUGUUGAUUUUGGAGUUACAGCUGUGGUGAUAGAAAAUUGAGUUGAUAGUCUGUACCAAAUCCCUCUUCUAUGUUCUUGUAUUUCAGAAUAAUUUUAUAUAUAUAUAUAUAUAUAUAU